CGCCUGGAGACCGCGCGGCUGUUCGCGAGCUCUGUUAAAGUCCGCUCGAUGUAUUUCAGCGUCCGCUUUGCUGUUUCUGUACUUAGUUUUGUCUUUCGUUCUCUCCAGUUCGUAACUGCAGUCCGUUUACCAAAACCAGCUUGCUUUGUAAUGUAUCGUUUCUCUCGCCUGCCUUGUAAGGCGUAGUGUUUGUUCGUAUUUUGCCUCGUCGUUUAUGGUUUACUUCCCUACAAGGACAAGUUUUUGAGCCACUAAAACCGAAGAAUUUUCGUUUCUGCUGCAUUUGGUUUUAUUUCUGUGUGCAAAACAUGAGUAACUAACAAUUUCAUAUUAUUUUUCAGCAAUAUAAGUGUUUUUUUUCUCUGACCUGAAACUUCUUAUGAAAUAAGCAAUAAAUCACAUACGUAAUGCCGUACGGAACAUGGGAAAAGUGUCAGGCGUUUAAUUUUUUGGCUUUAUGUUUAUGACGCGUUUUUGUGGCGUCAUUGUGCGCCCCCGCUAACGAACGCUGCAAAUUUGUGGCCGCGCAGCUCUGGACACACUGCGCAUGAUCGAUUCGCUGGUGUCCACUUUAAAUAGCAACAUGGAUGCUUUUGACGAGCCCUGGGGUGGUUUCCAAACACUACAGAAUAUUUACAAGGGAUCUCUGAUGAGUAGGUGAGGGGGAGAGGCGAGUGAAUUUGCAAGACAGAAGGACACUGCUGUGGACACCUUAAUCCUCCCGGACUUGUGGCUGUGUGCACUUCCUCCUCAGUGUCUGUGUUAGUGUGCGCUGCUGUGCUGCGUGGUUCUGUCGUGCCUCCCUGCCCUGCCCCAGGUGACGAGUGCCGGUCGAUGGCUAUGAUGGACAAACUCAAAGUCAAGCGACAGAGACUGGACCGCAUCUGUGAAGGCAUCCGCCCCCCCAUUUUGAACGGGCCGAUGCACCCACGCCCCCUGGUGGCCCUGCUCGAUGGGCGUGACUGCACGGUGGAGAUGCCCAUCCUGAAGGAUGUGGCCACAGUGGCAUUCUGUGACGCCCAGUCUACCCAGGAGAUCCACGAGAAGGUGCUGAAUGAGGCAGUGGGCGCCCUGCUCUAUCACACCAUCACGCUGUCCCGGGACGACCUGGAGAAGUUCAAAGGCCUCAGGAUCAUCGUCCGCAUCGGGAGCGGCUUCGACAAUGUGGACGUCAAGGCCGCCGCCGAGCUUGGAAUCGCAGUGUGCAACGUGCCAUCGUCGUCCGUGGAGGAGACAGCCGACACCGCGCUCUGCCUGGUGCUGAACCUGUACCGACGUGUCACCUGGAUGCACCAGGCUCUGCGUGAGGGCACGCGCGCCUCCAGUGUGGAGCAGAUCCGCGAGGUGGCCGGUGGAGCCGCCCGCAUCCGUGGAGAGACCCUGGGCAUCAUCGGCCUGGGUCGAGUCGGCCAGGCGGUGGCACUACGGGCAAAGGCGUUCGGCUUCGGUGUGAUCUUCUAUGACCCGUACCUGCCGGACGGCGUGGAGCGCUCACUGGGUCUUCAGCGCAUGGCCACGUUGCAGGACCUUCUUAUGCACUCGGACUGCGUGUCGCUUCACUGCAGCCUCAACGAGCACAACCACCACCUGAUCAACGACUUCACCAUCAAGCAGAUGCGGCAGGGCGCCUUCCUGGUGAACACGGCAAGGGGGGGGCUGGUGGACGAGAAGGCGUUGGCUCAGGCGCUGAAGGAAGGCCGUAUCAGAGGGGCUGCUCUGGAUGUGCACGAGACUGAGCCGUUCAGCUUCUCGCAGGGCGCCCUGAAAGAUGCCCCCAAUCUCAUCUGCACCCCCCACACAUCCUGGUACAGCGAGCAGGCCUCCAUCGAGGCUCGUGAAGAAGCAGCCAGGGAGGUGCGACGUGCCAUCACUGGUCGCAUCCCUGACAGCCUGAAGAACUGCGUCAACAAAGACUACCUGAUGGCGGCCUCCCAGUGGCCCAGCGUGGAGGCCACAGCCCUGCACCCGGAGCUCAAUGGCGGUGGCUACAGGUUCCCCGCGGGGCUCAUCGGCGUGACUGCUGGCAGCCUGCCCGGGGCGGUGCCCGGCGUGGAGGGCAUCGUGUCCAGCUCGCUACCCCUCGCCCACGGCAUCACGCCCAUCUCACAUCCCCCACACACCCCAUCGCCGGGCCAGCCCUCAAAGGCGGAAGGGGACAGAGACAUGCCCACCGAUCAAUAGCCCCCCCGGCACAUUCCGCGCCCCCCUCCCCCUACUCCCUGUCCACCACCCCGCAAGCACGUGGACGCCGGGGUCCAUGGCGCUGUCCGCCCAGUCCGCCGAACAAAAACAGCCAGCAAGAGAGCUGUGCUCCCAAUUUCAUCCUUACCCUGUAUCUUCUUCUUAAGGGUUCUGGUUUUUUCUUUUGUUCUGUUUCUGAAAAAAAAAAAAGCCCUAAGCUGGAGAUUUUUCCCCGUGGUUGUAGGAGGUGUUUGUAUUUCUUUUGUCUUACUUGCUUUUGUUGGCUGUGGGCUUUGAAGCGUAAUGAAGGCUCUCUGUGAUAAAGUCAAGGGGCCCUUCCUCCAAAGGCCUGCCUCCGUCUGCCGAAUUUCACACGGGGCUUCGCACGGGGGCUGUCAACCUGCAACGCCGCCCCCCAGCCCGCAGGAGCAGCCACAGAGGGCGCUGAAGCUGUUGGCAUAAUUACAGGAAGGAGCCUCCUUGGACUGAUUCUGUUUCCUGUUGGUUAUAAAUCCGCUGUUCACUCUUUACGCGGCUGCCUGCUUGUGACCCGCACUGUGCCCAAUGUGACCGGGUGUGUUUCCCUGACAUAAUGCAGCCCCGCCCCCUGGACACGCCCCAGCCAGCUCCUUCUCGAACUCCUGAGCACCACAGGUUCCGUGAGCAGCUGUGGUUCCCUUGUUCUGCCUCCUUGGUCCUGUGGGGGGGGGGGGGGGGUUCCGCAUUUGUUUGUUUCACGUUGCGGUUGGUGCCAAAUCGAGACGAAUCGAGCAUUAAUCCUGUCCCCACCUUCAGUGGGUCCUGAAGUCUGCAGGCCCACACACAGACCUGCUCCCGAUCUCCACUCUUUCAGGCAAAGUGAAUAACCUAGAGUCUCCUGAGUGACUGUUAGCCCCUUCUCUCUUCCCUUCUCCCAAACUGAGUGGCACUUAUCCGGCGUCUCUACCUGCACCGUCCCCCUCAAGUCGCCAGCCGCUACAUGUCUGUGGGGUGGUGUUUGGGGACAGCGGGGGGCGCCCAUGUCUCAGCUCUUACAGUAUGUGCCAGGAUGCCGCAGUACAGCUUUCAUCCACUAGGUGUGACGCAUGCAGCUGUGUCCUGAUGAGCUCCCGCUAGCGACCCCGGAGCCUCGCAUCUUCACCUGCCUCUUGCCUUGGUGACUGACGUGGUCUCUCUGAAUUCCUUGACUCUUAACUGUGAACACUGUUUCUUGACAAGGGACUACCUUUCUAGUACCUCAGCAACAGAUAUUGAAUGUACCCUCAGAUCUUUGUGCACAGUUUUUAGUUUAAUUACCUGAUAUUAAGGGAAAUACCGGUUCAAGUUGUAUCUCUACAAAAAUAAGACCAGCUGACUAUUGGAUACAGUCAGUGGGCGUUCUGUGCUUAGAGCUGUCUGCUUGGAGUUGGAUCUCGGCCAUAAAAGUUGGCUUUGUUUUACUUUCUAUCUUUCCUUCCUCCGUUACCAGCUGAUCAGUCAUUUCGGGCCCCAAACCCCUGCUGGUGUUUCUCCCCAUUUCCACAGGGUGGGUCCCGCUCAUGUGAUGUACCUCUGCAUGGGAUGCGCUGGAGGAAUGUGUCAGGCCUUCAGUCCAUUGUCCUUUAGUUGACUUCAGUAGAUUUCUGAAGAAAUUGGCAUUAUUUAACAGACAAGGUGGGUCUUCACUGUCUAUCAUGAUCCAGAGGAAAGCCAUGAUCCUAGAUGGCGUGGCCAGCUGUUCCGGCGUGUUCCCUGGGACUUAGGGUCUCUUUCUCUGGAUUUGUAGCCGGUUAAGCUGAGCCUGGCUUCAGGAGUAGAAUCAGGGGCUGUCAUUGGGGGAGGGACUUGGUGACCAGCUCUGCUGAUGUCAUACAUCUGUCCUGCCCACUUUAUCUUUAAGGCAAGUGUGUCCAGUCAUGUAUGACAUUUCUGUAUUAUCUGUACCCAUCUGUUUGUUUUGAUGCAUCUAAUGUUCAUCUGCUGACAUUUAAGGUAAACAGACGUGUGUCAUCCAUAACACACUGGAUCCUUCUGAAAUCAGUGCAUACUUACUACGUUCAGAUUUCUAUUGCUUUCCCAUUUGUUUUCCGCACCUGUAACUUAAACACUUUUUGAGCUGUUACCGCGGAAACCUGUCCACAUCCUCAGAGGCGAGCCCAGCUGCCAACGAUGACUCCCCCUGCGGCCGUGUUGAGGUGGGCGGUGCCCUGCCCACAGUGGACAGGCAGUCAAUCCCUGCCCAGUUUCGGCUGUGUGCAAGGUUUGGGGUGUAGGGGCUAGAUCUGCAUUGCCCCCCUCCCCUAAAUACUCGCCCAAAUGGGCAAGCUGGCCACAAGCUGUUCAAUGUAGGGGCAAAUUGAAUAAAAUGAAAGUAAAAAGCUGCAGUUGGCAGCCGUGGGACUGGCGCAGUGGGGCACUGCUGGACUGCAGCCGUCCUCUCUCUCUCUCAGGGUCGAAACAUAAACGCCUCCUACACUGUGUCUGUCCAUCUGUGUCCCUGUACCCCCCCCCCCCCAGUAUUUUUUUCACCAUGACGGAGCAUGCCAGGAAGUUUUGAUGGUCACAGUUUCUAUAAUCUUGGUAACGUUUUUGUCCGGACUGGGAAACAGGUCUUUACAGCGUGAGCAUAGUGUUAUUUUGUCCAUUUUACUUUUCUGUUUGUAAAAUUUGAUUUUUGGCAUCAGACUGCAAAAACUUUAGUUUAAAAAAAAAAAAAAAUCAAGUUCCCCUGUUACUAGGCUCUUAAUGUCAAUUUUUUUUUUGUUUACUUUUAUAUUAGAAACAAUCAUGUUUGUGAUGGUUACUUCUGCUAUAAAAAUAUUUUAAUAAAAUCUUAAUGAUGAAACUCA